GAACAAGACAGCUCCCUUGGUCUCCACUCUCCCGUGCACAAUAUGAAAUGCAGGAGGUAAAAAAAAACCCGAAAAUUCUUCCAGUGCAUUCCAUUUCACUUUUGCUAAUCGCGAGGCGGAGCUUUGAGAUAAACCCUAAACAUUUCCAUUGACGUGGGUUGCAGAUAACUGAAGUCCAGUCAAUAUGAGCGAUGGCCCAGGGACUAGCAGUAGAAAAGAGAAAUCAAAUGGAUCAGAACCGAUGGAUAUAGAGUUUGCAGAUCUUGAAUUUGAUGAGGAUGAUGAUGAAUUUGAUGAGCCUCUUGAUGCAGCUGCUCUACACGAAAUGAAUUUAAACAAAAAGAAAUUGGUUGAUUUUUGCAAAAAAGUAUCCACUUCAUUCUUUGACAAGUUUGGUGUGAUCAGUCACCAGAUCAAUUCUUACAACGACUUCGUCAAACAUGGGAUCCAGAGAGUUUUUGAAUCGAUUGGGGAAAUCACAGUUGAGCCUGGGUAUGAUCCAUCCAAGAAGGGUGAUAAUGAGUGGAGGUAUGCAUCAAUAAAGUUUGAAAAGCCGACCCUCAUUCCACCAACUUACUGGGUUGGAGAAAAAUUCUCUCAAGAUGGCGAAGAAGAAUCUCUGCAGUUGUUGCCCCGACAUGCCCGCCUUCAGUUCAUGACAUAUGCUGCUAGGAUAACAGUUCAUGCUCGUGUUAAGGUGUACACUAAAAAACGAGUCCGGAGUGACAAGUUUAAAACUGGAGUAGAGCAGUAUGUCGAAGAUGAAUGCCUGUCGGAUGAAACUAUGCCUGGAGUCGUAAUUGGGAGUAUACCCGUGAUGGUGAACUCUGACCUUUGCUGGAUGAGUAAAGGAAACAAGAAGCCGGAUUGUGGAUAUGAUCACGGUGGAUACUUCAUCGUAAAAGGGGCCGAAAAGACUUUCAUUGCUCAGGAGCAAAUAUGCUUAAAAAGACUUUGGGUAGCUAAUACUCCAAAUUGGAUGGUUUCAUAUCGGCCAGUUUCCAAGAGGAAAAGAGUGUACAUAAAGUUGAUAGACUCCCCAAAAGUUGAGAAUGUGGUGAGUGGAGGAGAAAAAGUCCUGAAUGUGUAUUUUUCCGUGACAGAAAUGCCCAUCUGGAUAUUCUUCUUUGCACUUGGUGUGUCCUCCGACAAAGAGGUGGUCAACUUGUGUAAUGUGGAUGUGGAGGAUGCUGCAAUUGUGAACAUAAUUGUUGCUUCCAUCCAUGAUGCUGAUAAUAAGUGUGAGUCCUUCAGAAAGCAGGCAGUAGCUCUUAGCUAUGUCUCUGAUCUUAUGAAGAGCUGUAAAUACCCUCCUCAAGAAUCUGUCGAAGACUGCAUAAACAACUUCCUGUUCCCUAAUCUCAACACUUUUAAGAAGAAGGCCCGCUUUCUUGGAUAUAUGGUGAAGUGUCUCUUUCAGGCUUAUACUGGUCGUAGAAAAGUGGACAAUAGAGAUGAUUUUAGGAACAAGAGGGUGGAACUUGCUAGUGAGCUGCUCGAGCGAGAGCUGAGAGUGCAUCUUAAACAUGCUGUGAGGCGUAUGACCAAAGCAAUGCAAAGAGAUCUCUAUGGAGAUAGGCAGUUGCAACCGAUUGAACACUAUCUCGAUGCAUCGAUAGUCUCUAAUGGUCUAUCGAGGGCAUUCUCCACUGGGGCAUGGUCACACCCGUAUAAAAGAAUGGAGAGGCUAUCUGGUGUUGUGGCAAACCUUAGACGAACUAACCCAUUGCAAAUGACGGCUGAUAUGAGGAAAACACGUCAGCAAGUGUCGUACACAGGGAAAGUUGGUGAUGCUAGAUACCCGCAUCCAUCACAUUGGGGAAAACUUUGCUUUCUCUCUACCCCAGAUGGAGAAAACUGUGGACUGGUUAAAAAUUUGGCCAGUUUGGGUCUUGUCAGCAUGACAAUUCUGGAACCGUUUCUCGAUAAACUAUUUGAAUGUGGAAUGGAGCCAGUAGUAGAUGAUACUUCAACAAUACUCCAACGAAAGCACAAAAUAUUUCUUGAUGGAGAUUGGGUUGGAGUGUGUGAAGAUUCUGUAUAUUUUGUCUUAAAACUAAGGCGUAUGCGGCGGAGGGGUGAACUCCCAGUUCAGGUUGAAAUCAAACGAGAUGAACAGCAGAAGGAAGUGCGUAUAUUUUCUGAUGCUGGGCGAAUCCUACGCCCACUUCUUGUUGUUGAAAAUCUGAAGAAGAUUCAGUCUCUGAAAGAUGGAGAGUCCUUUCAGUCUUUUCUGAACAGUGGGAUAGUUGAAUUCAUUGGUGCCGAAGAGGAAGAAGACUGCCGAACUGCUUGGGGAGUUGACCAUCUCUUGGAAGCCAGCAAGGAGGAUCCACCUGCAAAGUAUACACACUGCGAGCUUGACUUGUCAUUCCUGUUGGGUUUGAGCUGUGGGAUUAUCCCUUUUGCAAACCAUGACCACGCAAGGAGGGUUUUAUACCAGUCUGAGAAGCAUAGUCAGCAAGCCAUUGGUUUCUCCACUCUAAACCCAAACAUUAGAGUAGAUACUAAUACCCAUCAAAUGUAUUAUCCGCAAAGGCCUCUUUUUCGUACCAUGCUGUCUGAUUCUCUUGGAAAGCCUAAAGAUUCCCACUAUCACAAAUCGAUGCUUCCACGGCCCGAAUACUACAACGGGCAAUGUGCAAUUGUGGCAGUCAAUGUUCACCUUGGUUACAACCAAGAGGACUCUUUAGUGAUGAAUCGUGCUUCACUAGAGCGUGGUAUGUUUAGGUCGGAGCAUAUUAGGAGUUACAAGGCAGAAACUGAGAGUAAGGAUGGAUCAGGAAAAAAGAUGAAACUUGAAGAUGCAGUGAUUUUUGGAAAGACUCAAAGUAAGAUAGGACGUGUUGACUGUCUGGAUGAUGAUGGUUUCCCAUUCGUCGGUGCUAACCUUCAGAGUGGUGAUAUUGUCAUUGGGAAAUAUGCAGAGUCAGGGGCUGAUCACAGUGUGAAACUGAAGCAUACGGAAAGAGGCAUGGUUCAAAAGGUUAUGCUUUCUGCAAACGAUGAUGGAAAAAAUUUCGCUGUUGUGUCUUUGAGACAGGUACGUUCUCCUUGUCUUGGAGACAAGUUUUCCAGUAUGCAUGGGCAAAAGGGUGUUCUGGGUUUUCUUGAAUCUCAGGAGAACUUCCCCUUCACAGUGCAAGGGGUAGUUCCUGACAUAGUUAUAAACCCACACGCAUUCCCUUCACGUCAAACACCAGGCCAACUUCUAGAAGCGGCCUUGGGAAAGGUCAUUGCGUUGGGAAAGCACAUUGGCCAUCGAUCAGAUCUUAAAUAUGCAACUCCAUUCUCCACUCCCUCUGUUGAUGAAAUAACAAAGAACCUUCAUAGUCUUGGGUUCUCAAAAUGGGGAACUGAGAGAGUGUACAAUGGGAGAACCGGCGAAAUGAUCCAUUCCUUGGUUUUCAUGGGCCCAACAUUCUACCAACGGCUUACGCACAUGGCAGAGGAUAAAGUGAAGUUUCGGAACACUGGGCCAGUCCAUCCCCUUACCCGGCAGCCCGUGGCCGACAGGAAACGAUUUGGAGGGAUCAAAUUCGGGGAGAUGGAACGAGACUGCCUCAUCGCCCACGGGGCCGCUGCUAACCUGCAUGAACGGCUCUUCACGCUCAGUGAUUCUUCCCAGAUGCACAUAUGCAGGAAGUGCAAAAACGUGGCAAACGUGAUUCAACGCCCUGUUCUUGGUGGCCGUAAGAUUAGGGGACCCUAUUGCAGGUUCUGUGAAACCGUGGAGGACAUUGUGAAGGUGAAUGUGCCUUAUGGAGCUAAGCUGUUGUGUCAGGAGCUCUUCAGUAUGGGGUUAUCCCUGAAAUUUGAUACUGAGGUGUGCUAAGCCAAGCGGCUAUAGGGCAAGGCUUCAGCCAGGACAAGUAGGGGAACAAGUUGAUGGAAGAUAGUUCUUUUUAUGUUUUAGGCUGCUAAUGCUCCUUUUCAACACUCUUAUUUAAGAACUCUGAUGUAUGCCAGUAGGAACUUUUGUAAAACCUUCCGAUCCUUGAUAAAUUGACCUAACCAUGAACCUGAGGGUUUGCGAAAGGUCGUCUCUUACAUUUUUACGCGUUCAGAUUAUAUUAGAUGAAUAUGCUUAUGCUA